CUUCCAUCAGGACUGACCCAACCUCUUCACCCCUCUCUCUCUCCCUCCCUGCUGCUGUUGUUCUGAGUUUUUUUUUGCGUGUGCGAUAGUAAAUAAUUCACUGUCAGCUGUGCUGCCUACAGGUCCUAGUGCGGAGAAAGCUCGUCAUUCCUGCAGUGUGCACUCUGGCAGCUGCUCUGGGGAGAGACAGAGAGAAAGAUUGCACAGAUCCGAGGAAGCUGCAGAGCACCCACACCCACCGAGGAUACACGGGACUACACUCACUCCCCUCCUCCCUCCCAUCCUCUCUCUCUCACCCAUCCUCUCUUGCUCAUGCUCAACUCUGCACUCAGCAUUAUCAGAGCUGCUGGGGCUGUAGGCAGGCUGACCAUCCCCUCUCAACAAGCCACUGAGGAGAAACUUCAAGAAGCUCAUCCACUUAACUCCCCUUUCCAUCCUGCCCAAGGAUGCUGGAGCUCGGACAGAGAUGGACGAGGCUGAUCUGCUUGUCGCUUCUGUGCCUGUGCCUCUGCCUGCCGAGGGAAUCAAGUGCCAGGAGAGCCCCCAAGAUACCCCGCUGUCCUUCGACCUGCUCCUGCACCAAAGACAGUGCCUUCUGUGUGGAUACCAGGGCUAUCCCCAAGAGCUUCCCCCCUGGAAUCAUCUCUCUGACGAUGGUGAACGCGGCCUUUACUACGAUCCCAGAGGGAGCUUUCUCACACCUUCAUCUACUGCAGUUCCUGCUCUUGAACUCCAACACAUUCACCAUGGUUGCCAAUGAUGCCUUUGCUGGCCUGUCUCACCUGCAGUACCUGUUCAUUGAGAAUAACGACAUCCAGGCUCUCUCAAAGUAUACCCUCAGAGGACUCAAAUCCCUGACUCAUCUAUCUCUCUCAAACAACAACCUGCAGAUGCUGCCAAGAGAUCUCUUCAAACAUCUAGACAUCCUCACAGAUUUAGACCUGCGGGGGAACUCUUUCCGCUGUGACUGUAAAAUCAAAUGGCUGGUAGACUGGAUGGAGAAGACCAACACUUCUGUUCCUGCUAUCUACUGUGCCAGCCCCUUUGAAUUCCAGGGACGAAGAAUCCACGACCUCGCACCACGAGACUUCAACUGCAUCACCGCAGAUUUUGCCGUUUAUGAAACCUUCCGUUUCCACUCCGUGUCGGUGGAGUCCUAUGAGUUCAAUGAAGAUCAGUUUGUGGUCUUUGCUCAGCCCGAUUCAGGUUUCUGCACCUUGUAUGUGUGGGACCAUGUGGAGAUGAUCUUCAGGAAUUUUCAUAACAUUACCUCUCGCUCCGCUGUGUACUGCAAACCAGUGGUGAUAAGCAACAGUCUUUACAUGGUUGUUGCUCAACUUUUUGGUGGAUCUCAUAUCUACAAGUGGGAAGAGGACCCGCAGCGCUUUGUGAAGAUCCAAGAUAUUGACACCACUCGCGUGAGGAAGCCCAACUUCGUGGAGACCUUCCAGCUGGAUGAAGAGUGGUACUUUGUAGUAGCAGACAGCUCCAAGGCAGGCUCCACCAGCAUUUACCGCUGGAACAGCAACGGCUUCUACACCCACCAGUCCCUCCAUCCGUGGCACCGGGACACCCAUGUGGAGUUCCUCGAUGUCGGGGGAAAGCCUCACCUCAUCCUCUCCAGUGCCUCUCAGCCGCCGGUGGUUUACCAGUGGAACCGAGGCCAGAAGCAGUUUGCUUUCUUCUCCCAAAUCACAGAGCUCGCAGAUGUGCAGAUGGUUAAGCACUUUUGGGUGAGGAAAGUUCUUUACCUUUGCCUCACGCGCUUCAUAGGUGACUCCAAGAUCCUCCGCUGGGAAGGGCAGCGUUUCAUAGAGAUCCAGACUCUUCCCUCUCGGGGCUCGAUGGCAGUGUAUCCUUUCACGGUGGGCCUCCGCCAGUACCUCAUUCUCGGAAGUGAUUUCUCCUUCUCCAGAGUAUACCUGUGGGACGACCUCACUCAGCGCUUUCAGCCCUUCCAGGAGCUCAACAUGAGAGCCCCGCGAGCGUUCAGCUUGGUAUCCGUCGACAACAAGGACAUAAUGCUGGCCGCCAGCUUCAAAGGCAACACCCUGGCCUAUCAGCACCUGGUGGUGGAUCUCAGUGCCAAGUAGACAUGCUGCAGUCGGAGCGAAAGGAGCGGUUUCUAAGCAUUUAUCAACACGUGCCAAAUAAAUGAAAGACUGCGAAAUGUUUAAGCCAUGUAACUAAAGGUCUGCUGUUUCACCUGAUGUUAUAAGCGAGGCAACUAAUUAAAUGAUUAAUCUAU